AAGGUAUUUAUGAAAGGGAAUAAAGGGAAGAACUCCACAUUCGUACAUCAGUUAUCUGCCACUAAACACAUCAAUGUUCACCUCACCAUGGAGAGAUUUCACCUGAGACGAAUCCCGGAAGCUCUGGCAAUGUGAAGACGUUUCAUUUUCAGGAAAUAUGUCUGUUUAGAGCACACUCUUGAUGCGAACAUCAGCUCGGCAGCAGACGGUCUAGGCAGCCAUUUUUGACAUUGGUUAUUGGCGUGACUUCAACAGCGAUCUACACCUACCCAAUGAUAGUGCAUUACGUUAUCGUGAAUAUUUAAUUUGUCAUGAAUAUUUUGGUGUACGAUCAUAUGGAGGCAUCUGCGUGUAGUCAAGGGAAAAAGUUGGAUCGUGAGGCAUUGGAGCGGACCAUGUUGCAGUUUGGCAAGACCCAGGAGCCUAUCUCAGAGUCGAUGUUGUCCGCGCUCCUGCCGUCUAGGCCGGACCUGCAGUGCGCCUACUGCAACAUUAAGUACACCCUUUAUUCAAACCUGCGACGCCACGUCAAAAACCACCACCUGGGGUUCCGGUUCCCCUGCGCCUGUUGCGAAGCCGAGAGUAACCGUCGGGAGGACCUAAUGAAGCACUACCACAGCUUCCACCCGGACAAGGUGCAAGAGGCGGAAAUGAUCAAGGAAGUCUGCAAGGUGACGCCGGAGGGGAAAGUGAUGCCGCUGGGAAGGCCGUCGUACCGCAGGCGCCGCCAACAGGUCUGCAGGGUCAAAACGGAGAAGUCGCAAGCAGCCCCGCGUAAGAGAUCUGCACGGGUGAUGGCCAAGGAGCUGAACACUCAGCUGAGUAACUUAAGGGAAGAUCUCCAGGCCGAGAGUGAGGCACAGGUAGUGGACUCGUCGCCCCCACUUCAGGCUUCCCUCCCGGCGGAGGCGUGCUUGGUGCCGCAGGAAGAUAUCUCGGAGCCGCAGAGAGUCAUCAUUGCCUUGGACCCUGUCUCCCAGUUCCGCUUAGAGAGGGUCAUCGCGGAGCGAGUCGAACGGAUCACGGAGCGCUCGGUGAUUGAGACGUUGGAUAGGGAGGGGCAAGUCACUCGCCGAGAGACCAUUGAGCGGGAAUAUUUCUUGAACGCACAUUAGUAAAGCUUAUGAGUGACUUAUUCCAACACAUCCAACAACUAUCUGAACUGAAACCCUUGCGUGGUGGAAUUCUGCUCAGAAAUCAACACAUGUUGUCCAGGAGGAGCGAGUCACUUGGGAAAAGACCAUUGAGCAGGAACAUUCCUUGAAUUCGGCACCUGAGCGAUGCUAGAGAAUUUGUGAAUGACUUUAUACUCGAUCAUAAUCCAGCCUUGAACUACGUAAUGUCUGGACUAAGACCUUGCCUGAUUGAAUUUCGCUGAGUGAUGGCAACAUUUGAUGGGAGGGCAGGUCACUCGGUGAGAGACCAUCAAUUGGGAGUAUUUCUUGAACUCGGAACACGAGUGACACUCAGAAUUUUGUGAGUGGCUUACACAGGGGUGUGAAAUCUCGGCUUUAAAGCUGAUUUCAGCUU